UUUUGAGGGGUCCGUGGUGGCUGCGCAGCUGCACUCCGCACUCGCUCCGUGCCGAGGCACAGGCACUCCCGCUCCUUCCUGCCCGCUCUUGCCGUCGCCCUCGAGGACGUCCCGGGACCGCCUGGACGAAAAGAGGCUCCUCAGCCCUUUCAUCAUUCUUCCCGGCCGUCCCGGUCCUGUUCCGACGCCGCUCCGGGAUCUCUCUAUGCCCGCCGCCCUCCUCCGUAGGAGCCGCUAGCGCAGGGACAGCGUCCUUCUCCUUCUCCUCCUCCUUCCGCCGCCGUCGCCUCUUCCUCCUCCUUCUCUCUCCGCCACCAUUUCCCCACUCCCCGGCCCCGGGGCGCUGAGCUAGACUAUGGGGACCAGGUCGGGGCCGAGCAGCGGCAGAGCGGGCGGCCCGGUCACCGUGUCCCCUGCGGCAGGGAUGGGGGGGCUCCGCGGCUUCGUGGCUUUAUCUUGACAUGGCUCCUCUCCGUGCUGCCAGCACCGCCGCCACCUCCUCCUCCACUGCUCCUCCUGCGCCCGCCGGCUGCGGGUAGCGAGCGGGCCACGGUCCCGGGCUCUCGUCUGAGCCUCUCAGUCUCUUGCUUAACUGGGGGGAAGCUUUGGAAGGGUUCCUUUUUUUUGUUUUUGUUUUCCUUUGGUUUUUGUUCCUUUUUCUCCGGGGAGAGAAGGGGAGAAAUACUUUUUUCCCCCCUCCUCUUCUUAACCUGGUCCGACGAAUUUGCUAACCUAAAAACUUUUAAACCCCGACUAAUCAAACACCUGGGGAGGGGGAAAAAUGUCUGGAGAGAGGAAGAAAAUAACCUGAUAAUUGGGGAUUUGUUUUUUUUUUUUCGGGGGAGGGUGAUUUAGAGGUUUAAAAUUGCAACCUAGAUUGCAAUUUUAAAAAAUACAAACAAAAACCUCGCAAAGAAGUCUGUCACCGAAAAGCAGGAGCAAGACGCACUCCAUGUUUUCCGAGUCGUGGCCAUGAAGUGAGAGGGGAGAGAGGCGGUGCUGCUGUGGGUGUCCCGCUGCCCCGGGCGCGGCCGCCCUGCGCGCAGAGAGAAGCCCAAGGGAAAUCCAGGAGCGCCCGCCAUGCACAGCCUCGGCUGACGGUGCUCGCAGCAGCAGAGAGAGAGGGAAGGAUCCCCGGGGGAUCAGCAGCCCAGGGAGCGUAUGAGGUGUCGGGGGAUGUAGGGCUCUCCCACUGGUAGGGAGCCCGGGUUUGGGGCACUGAUUCAGGUUUAAGUCUUUCGGUGAGAUAAUACUGUCCUUGAAUCCCUGUCCGCCCCUUGUCAAUGGCCAUCAUGAUCCCUCUCCUCUUCGGCAGCAGUAGCCUCAGGGUAGCGAUGAGCAGGAUGAAGUUAGAAAUGACUCCGCUGUCUUUUCUCUUUGCUCCCCUGCAAACCAGCGCUUUGUUGUCUGUAGUUGAUUUUGUUGUUGGCGGCAGAGAAAUGUCAUACUUCCCGGGUUGUGCACUCCUCCUUUGCACCCUUUUCUCUGCUCUCCAUCAAGUGUAAUAAUUCUGAAGAAGAAGACGGGCAACAUAGCAAUAGUGGAAGGCUGAGAAUAAUAAUCAGUAGAGUCAUGAAUCUGGCUGGGGUAGAACGCAGUUUGUAAUUUCAGCUUCGGGUUUUUUUUUUGUAAGCAGAGCAAAAGUACCCCCCCAUGGAUUGGGCUUGUGCCAGUUGCUUUUUAUUGUACACAUAAAUUGUGAUUUGUUUGGGGUUUGUUUUCUUUUUUCCCCCUUCAUUCUUACCCACUUAUUCCUGCAGCUAAACUGUUCAAAUUUUUCUCUUCGAAAUUCUUUGGGUUUUUUUCUUGAUUUAUUAUAAAACCUUUUGUCCAGCCAUGGCUGGACAACUACUUUCUUUGUUUCUUGACCCCUCCAAUACGACGUUCUCAUAAAGUAUUGCCUGAGGUGCGGUUUUGCGUUACAUUAGCGUUUGAUUUAUUCAGUUGUAUUAGCAGGAAUCAAACGACUUGUUUCUGUUGUACUUAAGUCUUACGAGAAGGUGCCCAUAGUUUAGCGACAGUUUCUAAAGGCUUUAGUACCACCUGUAUUUCAAAAUGGGGGACCCAAACUCCCGGAAGAAACAAGCUCUGAACAGACUUCGUGCUCAGCUUAGAAAGAAAAAAGAAUCUUUAGCUGACCAGUUUGACUUCAAGAUGUACAUUGCCUUUGUGUUCAAAGACAAGAAGAAAAAAUCAGCACUUUUUGAAGUGUCUGAAGUGAUACCAGUCAUGACCAAUAACUAUGAAGAAAAUAUCCUGAAAGGUGUGCGGGAUUCCAGCUAUUCUUUGGAAAGUUCCUUAGAGCUUCUGCAGAAGGAUGUAGUACAGCUCCAUGCACCCCGCUACCAGUCCAUGCGCAGGGAUGUGAUCGGCUGUACCCAGGAGAUGGACUUCAUUCUAUGGCCUCGUAAUGAUAUUGAGAAGAUAGUCUGUCUCCUGUUCUCUCGGUGGAAGGGAUCUGAUGAACCCUUUAGGCCUGUUCAGGCCAAGUUUGAAUUUCAUCAUGGUGACUAUGAAAAACAGUUUCUGCAUGUUCUGAGCCGAAAGGACAAGACUGGAAUUGUUGUCAACAACCCUAACCAGUCAGUGUUUCUCUUCAUUGACAGACAGCACUUGCAGACUCCAAAAAACAAAGCUACAAUCUUCAAGUUAUGCAGCAUCUGCCUGUACCUGCCACAGGAGCAGCUCACUCACUGGACGGUUGGUACCAUAGAGGAUCACCUCCGUCCUUACAUGCCAGAGUAAGGUACUGGCCAGCAAAAUGGGGAAGAUCACAGAAUGCAGCAGUGGAUUUUCACUUUCCUCACCACUUCAUUCUUUCAGAAUUUAGAAGAAAAUGGACUCAUGUUCAGAACACUAUACAUUGUGAAACUUGAUCAUCCUGGAUUUUUUUAAUCAUUUGUAUCUCAGAACUUUGCAAUUUUUUUUAAAGAUGUUUUCUGCAUGGACCUUGUGAAAGAGAGGAUGCUCUGCACACUUCUGCACUGCAUCAGCAUCUUACUGAAAUGUGAAAUGAAGGGACUGUACAUUGAAACAAAUGUAUCUGAAAGCACAAGGUGAUCAUUUGUGGUGGUGUUCCCAUUUGUGCUGGUCAUGCCCCCUAACAUCUCUAAUGUUAACCAUCAGUAUUUUGAGGGUGAGAAGUGAAUGUAACGGGUAUAAAAGCCUUAUAGCUUUGCUGUUCAUGAUUGUAUAGAAGAGCACUAUCAUUCAUUCUAAUGAACGAAGAAGUGGCUAUUACAAUAGGAAGUAAGUGUGGGAAAGAAAUCUUUCUUCAAAAAGAAAAGCAUCUCAUUAAAUGUAUCGGCAUUUUUUGCCUCUUUUAUUUUGCUGGGCCAUGUCUUAAGUUUACUGGCACUUUUGUUUUGGAUCUCUUUCCCCAAGUUGCUGUAUAACAGUAUGAAGGUAUUCUUUUGAGUUAGAUGCAUUUAUACAGAUGAGGCAGACCUGGAGUCUGAAGUUGCUAAAGCAGCUCAAAAAAAGGUAAAAUAAUAGCUGCAGAAACAAUGUUGGUAGAGGAUUAUUUUUUCUUGAGAUUUGAGACUUGUAAACUUGCAGGUGAACUGUGCAGGAAAUACUGGUUUCUAAAACAUUUCUUACAGAAAACCUGUUGAGGUUUUUUUUUUUUUUUUUUUCCUUUCUUUUGGAAUAGACAUUAUAAACCAAUGUAAAAUAGUGUUCGGAGUGUCAAAAGUUGGUUCUGACAGAAUAUUUUAAGAUUGUGCAAUGAUAAAAGGAAGACUACUGUAUAGUUUUGAUGACAAAGAAGGCUCUGCUUAAGGGUUGAGUACUUUACUGGAGUAAAACUGUAUAAGCCUACUCCUUUUGGAUAAAACUAGUGCUUACCUGUUUAAAACUUGUAUUUAGCUUUUGUUUGGAAUUGGAAAAAAUUGGAAAUUAAAUAAAUUAGGUAAAAGAUG